UACACAUAAGGAAAAUUUAUAAUCCGCAAUUACGCAUCCAACCAGAAGAUCCAAACUCAUUUAAGAAUCAAAUCAACUAUACAACCUUUCUAAAAGGAAUCAUUAGAUAAUUCAUUAAAAUGGGUCGGAUUUCAUUCUAAAACUUUAAUUAGUGUUUCCUUAAUUUUUCUUUUAUUAAUUAUUAUUUUUUUUAAAGAAGGUGUUUCCUUAAUUCAGCAAAGGCAAAGCGCGGGAAAAUGAAAAUUCCCAGACACACUUUCCCUCCUACCAUAAACAGUACCAAUAAAUACUCAAUUAAAAUACCCACAAAAAAAACCCAGGAAAAAAAUAAACCGCUCAAACAAUCACAAUCCCCUCUUUCUCUCUCUCUCUAAAACCCUAAAUCACCGUUGAGCCGCCGUACUCCGGUCACCGGAAUACCAUUUUCCGGCAAGAAAAGGGUAUUUAAGGAUGUUUUAUUCGCAUACUUUCUUGGCCCGGAAAGGCCCGCUUGGUACUGUUUGGUGUGCUGCUCAUCUUCAACAUAAACUCAAGAAAUCUCAUUAUGCUUCCACUGAUAUUCCCUCCACUGUUGAGAGGAUUAUAUAUCCAGAAGUUCCAAUUGCACUCAGAAUGUCAGGACAUCUUCUAUUGGGUGUUGUUCGGAUAUAUUCAAAGAAAGUUGAGUACCUUCAUCAUGAUUGCAAUGUUCUUUGUGUGAGUUUGAGGAAUGCCUUUCGCCAUGUCGAUGUUAAUCUGCCUGAAAACGCUAACCAGGCUCAGUUUAAUGCCGUCACGUUGCCGGAGACUUAUGCACUUGAUGCUAUAGACUUGCAUGAUGAUAUGUAUCUUAUUGAUGGAUCCCAGGAUGAUCACCAUAAAAGCCAAGAGGAUAUAACACUUCAAGAACAGUAUCAUUCCGAAAGAGAGCUUUAUGUCAGGAUUACAUUUGACGAUGAUAUCAUUCCAGGCACAAUGGACACUGAGCACAGGGAGGAGAGUGAUCCAAUGCAGAUAGACAUUCCUCCUGAAGCUCCUACUCCACCUAUCCCCAGUCCUGAUAAUCGAAAUGGCGAAGGUCCUAACCAAAGUGAAGAACAUGGGAGGCCUGAAGGUGAAAUUGUUCCACCAUUUGAGGUCAUGCGUGAUGCUACUGACUAUGAUGUCCAUGUGCACAGCCCGAUUCUACGGCCACAUAAGGAGAAUGUUGACCCUAAUAUUAACAUAUCUCCCCCAAAGGACACGACUGAGAAGGAAAUUGAUACUCCGCCAUCAAUUCCAAUGCCUUCUCAUGAACCACUGCAGUAUAGUGGUCCUUCAUCUCCCCCUACUGAAGUUCAUGUAGAUACCGAUUCUCAUGCAAAUGUUCCAUCAACUGCGUUGGCACUCCGUCCAAGUCCACCUCCUGAGCAGCCUCAACCUCGCCAGAGAAACAGAAAGAGAAAGCAGCUGUUUGAUGAGUCUCUGGUCUUGACUAAUGAGGCUUUGAAAAAUGCACUCAAUGAUUGCUCUGAUUUGGUAAAGAAGAAAAAGAAGUUGCCUUGUUCUGCUUUGGAAUUAUGGAGGUUUAGUGAGAAAAAGAAAAAGAAUGAAGAGGUUUUCUCAGAGCCACUGAUAUCUGGAAUGGGUGCCAAUCUCCAGAAUCUUUUAAGCAAAGACUUAAAAAUUUCGCACCUGAAAUUGCCUGUGACAGAAGAAGCUCAGUUGGAGUCUAGGGUAGCAGAAUCUCCUGCACAUACUCCCAAUGUUGGUGAUGAAAUUGAGCGUCUUCGAUCAGCAGAUCGUGAGCCUGGACACAACAUUGAGCAAUUCCUUCCUUCCUCUCCACUAUUAAUGUCUCCACAGCCCCAAACUGCAGCGACUUCCUCGUCCACAAUGGUUCCAAGUUCAGUUUCAGAGCCUAGAUUUGGAACUACUGAUACGCAAUCAGAUAUGGGUAUGUAUACCCGGUCUGCUGCCACGGAGAUAGAAACACCAAUCUUGAAUUUCGAGGAUAGGGAUGAUGAUGGAGGUACUGCUCCAUCAGACAUUCCCGAGUCAAGAGCUUCUAUGAAAGCAGAUGAGCUCUCUUUUUUGGAACUAGAUAACAACAGCCCCACUGAUUCUCAAGGGGCUCAAACGGGAGGUACCAUGUCUGCCAGGACAAGGGCAGUGGCUCAAUUUCUGAAAAAUCAUUCUCCUGUAUCCAACUUCACAGAUGGUUCUGUUAAUUUAAAUCUAAGUACCAUAUUGGAAGGAAGACAAAGGAAGUUAUGUGCACGGAUGUUUUAUGAAACUUUGGUUUUGAAGGAUUGUGGACUGAUUGACGUUCAACAGGAUGAGCCCUAUGGGGAUAUUAUAUUGAAGCUGACUCCAACUAUGUCUAAAGCCCAACUAUGAGGCUGCAUCAGAUUAAUUGGUGUUCAUCCCUGAUAAAACCAUAUAUACAGAAGUGUACAGCAGUUAGAGUAAAAACUUUUGUUCAAUCAUAAAUAGGGAGGGAUCGUUGCACAUAAUAGUUGAUACCAUGACAUGAUGCUGAUUGCUUAAGUAUUGCAACACAGCUCUUUCCUGUACUAGGAAAUGUUUCUUGUAGUCUGUAGUGUUCUCGAUGUUUAGAACCCUAGAAGGACUCUUUUUAUAGUGCUACCAUAUCAGGUGUAACUUGUAGGUUAAUGUUACUGAUAACUUAAGCUUGUUAGCUGUUAUUUGCUAUUCACAAUGCUUGAUGA